AUGGAUGCUGCGAUUGAUCUGUCUGAUGCCUCCAAGGCAUUGGAUCUUGCGAACAUUCGUUUCCAAUUGAUUCGUCUCGAAGAUACCAUUACCUUCCACUUCAUCGAACGAGUUCAAUUCCAGCUCAACAGGACAAUCUACGUCCCCGGUGGGGUCAAGAUUCCGCACAGCGAGCUCAGUCUCAUGGACUAUCUGCUGCGCGAGCAAGAGCGUCUUCAAUCCCGCGUGCGUCGGUACCAGUCCCCGGACGAGUAUCCAUUCUUCCCCGAUGCGCUCGAGGAGCCCGUGUUGCAGCCGCUCUCCUACCCGCAAAUCCUGCACGACAAUGACGUGAACGUCAACGACAUCAUCAAGAGGCGCUACAUCGACGAGAUUCUCCCCGCCAUCUGUCGACAGGACCGGGAGGAUCGCGGUGAGACCCAAGAGAACUACGGCUCGGCUGCGACGUGCGACGUGGCGUGUCUGCAGGCCCUGUCGCGCCGCAUUCACUUUGGCAAGUUCGUUGCCGAGUCCAAGUUUCAGAAGGACCCGGAGCUGUUUGUCCGCCUGAUUCGGGCGGGCGAUUGGAAGGGUAUCGAUGCCGCUAUCACCAAUGCUGCGGUGGAGAAGAAGGUCUUGGAACGUCUCGGUCUCAAGGCCAAGACUUACGGUACCGAUCCUGCGUUUCCAGAAGAGCAAGGCCCCAAGAUCAACAUUGAUGCAGUGGUAGCCAUGUACAAGGAAUGUGUGAUUCCACUGACCAAGGUGGUCGAAGUGGAAUAUCUGAUGCAGCGUCUGAAGGGCACGAAAUGGGAGUAA